AUGGCCUCUAAAGUGUAUUCGGAAGAACAGCUUAACUACUUCCGGGUUUGUCACAUAGCCACUGACAUACUACCCGUAGCUUUACGAUUACUGUUCAAGCAGGAAUGGGACAAUCGUUACAAGACAACACUUGGUGAAUGGAAGGACACGCCUCAAAAUGGCCUGGACUUUAAAAACGGUGAGUCUGCAGAUAAUCAAUCAAGAAAUGCCGAACAGUUACUCACAAUGGUAAAUGGAAACAGGGUGCAGUGGGAUUGUACUAUGCUAUUUUAUGCCAUCCUGCAUUCUGAUUCUAUCAGACCUGGACUGAGUAAACUGAUCAGAAAAAACGUUCAUAAACUCAGAGAGUUUCGAAAUAAAUUCUACGCUCACAGGACAGAAGGUCAGUUCUCAAAUGCAGACUUCAAAACCACCGUGGCAAAAGUGGAGAAAGCAUUUCGAGCUCUUGGCCUAUCUACUGUUGAAAUCCAAACAGUAAGUAAGCAGAAAAGUUUUCCAACCGAUGAGUUGCAAAAUGUGAAGACAAGUAAUCAGAAACUUACUCAAGACCUUGAGACGAAAGAGGCGGAAUUUCAAGAGAACAAAGACAGGCUAAAAACUUCUGAAGAACAAAGCAAGGUGUUUGAAGAGCAACUACAGCGCGAAGUAGAGCCAUUUUGCGUCCUUCCACCCAAACCUCCCCAUGUGAUCGCAAAUCGCGAUUUCCACGUUGAGAACGUAACACAGAAGCUGUUAAACUUAAGGAAGGCUAACGAGAACACUUUAAGUUAUUGUUAUAUUUCAGGCAAUCCUGGGAGUGGCAAAUCCCAGCUGGCUGGACUAGUUGGUGAGAAAUACUACAAAGAAGCCAGCAAAGACACAAAUGCUCCGUCAUUUGUAAUGACCUUAAGUGCUGAAAACCCAGAAGCGCUUUUAACAUCGUACCUGUCACUGGCAAGAAAAAUGCACUGCCCCGAGUUUACUAUGAAUACCACCGAAAACUCCAAGGAUCUAAAUGAUGAACGAAAAAUAGCCAUUAUCAAAGAUUUAAUUGCGACAAAAAUUCACCUUUACUCAUCUUGGCUCUUAGUGAUUGACAAUGUCACAAAUCUUCCUUGGACAGGUCAGUUUCUUCCUGAGCGUGGAAAUGAGCAGUGGGGCAAAGGCCAGCUGCUAAUCACAACGCAAGAUUGUACCUGUAUGCCUCCAGAUAGUUCCUUCACAUCCCACAUCUCCAUAAGCAAAGGCAUGGAGCCUGCUGAUGCUAUUUGCCUUCUAACCGAGCUCUCUGGAAUCACUGACAAUGACAUGGGAAAAAACGUAGCCCACGCAUUGGAUUACCAGCCACUUGCACUAGCCAGCGCAGGAGUGUACGUGAGAAAGGUGCGAAAUACCAAUCCAAACUUCGGCUGGGAGGGGUACUUAGAAAAACUAGAGAAAGGCAAACGUGAACUCACUGAAAAGGAACUUGUCAAUGUAAACAAUAUCUACCCAAACUCUAUGACUUUAGCGACCAAGAUAGCUCUUGAAACGGUAAUGGAUUCUGAUGAAAUAAUGAAGCACGUCUUUACUUUUCUUGCUUUUUGUGCACCAGAGCCAUUGAGGUUAGAUGUAUUAACCACUUACGUUGUAAAUGCUGAUGGAGAGUUGGAUAAAGAGGACAUAGGCAUUCAGAUUCAAGGGUCCUCUCUGUUGCUACUCGAAAAAGAGGAUGAUGUCAACAUUCGUUUACACAAGGUGGUACACGAUAUUGUCAAGUGUUUAGUUAAAGACCAAAUGGAGGCUAAUGAACAUGCCCGCGUUGCUUGUGUCGCAAUAGGGUCAUGCAGGCAGUACAUUCAUGAAGCAAUACCAGAGACCUUGCGAAGUCGGGAUUCCGUCGGUGAAAGCAGACAUAUUGUUCCACACUUAAAAACUCUAGCUGUAGGAAUUACAAACAUUAUCUCUACUGAAGAGAAAUUCGGUCUCAUCAAAAACACAAUUCUAAAUAUACACAAUUUUAUAGAUAACUUUGAGAUGCUUGGUCAAGUUUGCUUGUUUCAUAGCGAGUAUGUGUCCGCAAUGAAGUAUUUCAGUGUAGCUUUAAAACUCAUUGAAGACAAUACGAUAAGGACAGGGUCUGACCAUGGACAUGUUGAGCGGGUCUGGCGCAUUUACCGUAAAAUAGGUAACGUUCAUUGGCGAUUAAGUGACUAUCAACAGGCCAAGGAGUAUUAUGAACGUGCCUUGUCCAUACAACUGAAUACGCUUGGACCCGACCAUAUUGAGGUCGCGACUACUUACCAUAACAUGGUUCCCCUACAUUGCAACCUGGGUAACAAACAGCAGGCCAAGAAGUAUUGUGAACGUGUCCUGUCCAUAAAACUGAAUAAGCUUGGACCCGACCAUGUUGACGUCGCGAGUACUUGCCAUAGCAUGGGUAACGUACAUAGCUACCUGGGUGACAAUCAGCAGGCCAAGAAGUAUUAUGAACUUGCCCUGUCCAUACAACUUAAUAAGCUUGGACCCGACCAUGUUCACGUCGCGAGUACUUACCAUAGCAUGGGUUACGUACAUGGCAACCUGGGUGACAAUCAGCAGGCCAAGAAGUAUUAUGAACGUGCCCUGUCCAUAAAACUGAAUAAGCUUGGACCCGACCAUGUUGACGUCGCGAGUACUUGCCAUAACAUGGGUAACCUAUAUCGUAACCUGGGUGACAAUCAGCAGGCCAAGGAGUAUUAUGAACGUGCCCUGUCCAUACGACUUAAUAAGCUUGGACCCGACCAUGUUGACGUCGCGAGUACUUACCAUAACAUGGGUUACGUACAUGGCAACCUGGGUGACAAUCAGCAGGCCAAGAAGUAUUAUGAACGUGCUCUGUAUAUUAAAUUGAAUACGCUUGGACCUGAUCAUGCCGAUGUCACGAAAUUGUCCCGUUUGUUAGCUGAUGUGCAGCGUGUUUUGGAUUUCCAGCAGCAGGUGCCUGAUGCUUAUGACCGUGCACAGUUGAAUCAGCCGCAAAAGCGCAGACCGGAUCAAACUGAU